CAGACCUUCCGCAGCCAGGAGCUGUGCAACCUGCUGUGGGCGCUGGCCGUCAUGCGGCACCGCCCGCCCGGGGACUGGCUGGGGGGGCUGAUGGGGCAGCUGUACGGCAGGGCGCCGGGGCUGACAGCGCAGGACGUGGCACAUGUGUGUUGGUCGCUGGCGGUGCUGCGGGUGCGACCCGGGCUGCCGCUGCUGCAGCGGCUGCUGGUGCGGGCGCUGGGGGUGCGGAGGGAGCUGACGCCGCAGGCCCUCAUUCUCACCCUGUGGGGCCUCUCCCGCCUGCGAGUGGCCCUGCCCGAGCGGGCAGUGGCGCUGCUGCUGCAGGGCGGCAUGGGCGCCUCAGCGCUGGCGGCAGCAGCGGAGGAGGCGGGUGUUGAGGCGCCGACGGAGGCGGCACCGCCCGGCGUACGGCACCCUCCGCCGCCGCCCGUGCACGCGGCGGCGAACGCGGCAUCGUCGUCGUCAGUGCAGAUGGAGGUUCCGGAGGCAGCGAGGGCCUCCUCCGUCAUCACCCCCGGGGACCUGGCGGGUGCGGCGGUGGUGCUCGCCCGCUGCCGCCACAUGCCGCCCCGCAGGUGGCUGGCGAGAUGGUACGGCGCAGUGGCGGCCUGGAGGCAGCGCUUCACGCCCACGGAGCUGGCGACGCUGUUGUACGGCAUCGCGGUGCUGGGACUGCGACCCAUGGGUCACUGGCUGGACCUGAUGCUCACGGAGGUGGAGCGACACGUGACUGCUGCGGCUGGUGCUGCUGAUCCUUUAGUGGCGACGGUGGCGGAAGUGGCGAGAUGGAGACGCAGUGAUGGCUUGGUAGCUGCGGCAGCGUUAGGGACGGGGACAACGGCAGCAGCAGAUGGAGGGGAACAACAGACGGCCUCCGUCUUUACCGCUACCGCCGCCGCCGCUGCCGGAGCCCGCUGCCGCUGCCGGCUGAGUGCCACGCAGCUGACGCUUGUGCUGUGGUCGGUGGCGCGGCUGGGUCACCCGCCCCCGCCCGCCUGGGUGGGAGCCGUGGCGGGGGGGGUGGCGGAGAGGCUGGAGGAGUUCAACCCGCGUGAGGCCGCUGCCACCCUGCGCGCCCUCAGCCAGCUCAUGGGGGCGGCGGCGGAGCGGAGGCGGGCGGAGCAGGCGGCGGGGCGGGGCGGAACCGGCAGGCGUCGCCGCCACCACCUCCGCACCCGCAGCAGCAGCAGCAGCAGCCCCUAUCGCAGCAGCGGCGUUGCUGCCCCCACUUCCGGUGGCGCCUCAUUAGGCGGCGGCAGGGGCUCCCUAGCCGCCCUGGUUGCAGUUGGGCAUCUCAGCAUGCAUGCAGGGGGGUCUGCCGGGGAUGGCAUGGGGGCUGCGGAGGAGGAGGAGGAGGAGGAGGAGGCUGAGGAGGCAGGAGAGGAAGAGGAGGCAGAAGAGGCUGAGGAGGAGGAAGAUGAGUUGGAGGCGCUGGUGUCAGGCCUGGUAGCCCGGCUGGCUGAGAGUCUGCCGGAGCGAUGUCUGUACGGCACCCUGAGGGCCGCAUCCCUGGCUCGCAGCGGUGGGGGUGGGGGUGGUGGGGUUGGAGGAGGAGGCGUGUCGUACGCCACCGCAGCGGAUCAGCAGUUGUUGGAG